AAUCUUAGUUUUGAUGUGCAUUUGCCUAAUGUAAAUUCACGGUGUGUUAUUUUGAAGGUUCGAAUUGAGAUGGAAUUUACACUGUCAUGUCACAUUGAAGGUUCGAAAUAUGUUAGAAAGUGCAUCAGAUAGAAUUUUCUAAAUAUUCUUCUUUCUGCUAGUAUUGGAUUUGAUUCGUUGAAUUCUUCUAAUGGAGACCAAAAUAAGACUGCUCCAAAUGGAUCAUUCUAUUCUAUUCAUCCUCCUUGCUUGCGUUGCAUUAGCUGACCUACAAAAAGCUCGUAUGGAGAAUUCUCAUGAAAAAGAGUCUUCAUUUGAAGUAGGGGUUUUCAUGAACAAAACAGAACAAGAAAUGGGCCUCCUGGAAGAUAACAAAACAUGUAAAGUGCCAAAAUGUAAGCCGAAUUGUGUGAAUGCUGCCAGCUUAGAUUGCCAUCGUCAAUGCCAAAAUGGUGUAUUCUCAACUUCCGGUGUUUGCAAGUGUAACGAUUUGUAUAAAUACAAUGAAAAGACAAAAAAUUGUGAAGCAGAAUGUCCUUCAGAUUGUACCCAAGGCUGUGACAUACCCAUGCAGUGCAAAGGGUGUAAAGAGGGUUAUACAAGGACGGAAGGUAGUUUGGAUUGCCGUCCACAAUGCAAGGGUUGCCAAAAUGGUGUGUGCUCAGCUCCCGGUGUUUGCAAGUGUAACCAUUUGUAUGAAUACAACGAAACUACAAAGAAUUGUACACCAAGAUGCCUUAAAGGAUGUACCCGUGGUUGUGAUACACCCAUGACAUGUAGAGAAUGUGAGGAAGGAUAUAGAAUUAAAAAUGGUAGUCUUGAAUGCGAUCCUAAAUGUAAGGGAUGUAACAACGGUGUAUGCACAGCUCCUGAUGUUUGCAAGUGUAACAAUUUGUAUGAAUACAAUGGAACAACAAAGAAUUGUACACCAAAAUGUAUUGAAGGCUGUACCCGUGGUUGUGAUACACCCAUGACAUGUAAAGAAUGUGGAGAAGGAUAUAAAAUCAAAAAUGGUAGUCUUGAAUGCGAGCCUGAAUGUAAGGGAUGUAACAACGGUGUAUGUACAGCUCCUGAUGUUUGCAAGUGUAACAAUUUGUAUGAAUACAAUGAAACAACAGAGAAUUGUACACCAAAAUGUAUAGAAGGCUGUACCCGUGGUUGUGAUACACCCAUGACAUGUAAAAAAUGUGAGGAAGGAUAUAAAAUUAAAAAUGGUAGUCUUGAAUGCGAGCCUGAAUGUAAGGGAUGUAACAAUGGCGUAUGCACAGCUCCCGGUGUUUGUAAAUGUAAUGAUCUCUACAAAUACAAUGGAACAACCAACAAUUGUACUCCUGAGUGCCCUGAAGACUGUUCAGCUGGUUGUGAUUCGCCGAUGCAGUGCAAUGCAUGUAGAGAAGGAUACAAGAGUGGUGGCCCAAAUUGUGAACCAGAAUGCAAGGGGUGUGGAAAUGGAGAAUGUAUGGCGCCAGGAAUGUGCUUAUGUAAAGAAGGCUAUGCUCGUGAUUUGGAUGACACAGAAUGUGUUCCCAAGUGUUAUCCCGGUUGUAAAAAUGGCGUUUGCUCAGCUCCAAAAAUAUGCACUUGUUUCAAAGGUUAUCACAUGGUGAAUGAAAGAGUCUGUGAAAGUGAUACAGAAUCAUGCAGUAAAUCUGUUUGGAACAAAAUCAAACUGACACACAAUGAUAGCUGUGUUGGUUUACAUGAACCUCUCCAAAUGUAUACUGAUAACUGUUCUUCACAAUUCACCAAUUCAUCAUGCUUUGAAGAAUUGUGUUCCACUCCGGAGACAGAAACUCAUCCAAUUUGCAGUAUGCAUUACAUGUGUGAAUUUAUUGAGGUCCCUUCAUUCACCAUGCUACACAGUAGCUCAGUACAACUGCAAUGUCGGUGGAGGAAUCGAAAAAUGCUUGACAAAAACACAAAAAUCGAAUUUGAAUCCAGUGCCAACAGUACAACGGCUGUGAGAGGUUCCAACGCUAACAUGCAAGAUGAUAAUCUACCGCUUUACUUCUUCAGAUCCGACUUUGAUCUAAAUCCUUGCCUGUUAUGUUUAUGUCCAGUCAAUGAAACAAGGAAUUUCUGCAUGAAUGAAUCUUAUGCGUUGAGACUAUGUGCGUGUGGCUCAAAAACGGCAGUCGGCAGAGGUUCAAACUUUGGUUUCUUCCAUCGAAGCAAUUAUAUUUUUCAUUAUAUUUUGUCUGCUAUUUGCAUACUAGCAAUAAUUGUCCUAGCUUGGAUCCUUCUUAUAUUCAAAUGCAAAAAAAAUAUGAACAACGCUGAGACUCUUGCAGACUUUUCAUUCACCAACGAUUUAUACAUGGAUGGUAGCAGAUUCUUAGAAGCUGACCAAAUUAUGUACAAUGAAGUUGAUAAUGAUGGAUACGAGCGACCUCAAAAUUUAUUCCUCAAGUUCCAGUCCAUGGAAGUAGGCCUAGUUUGAUAAAAUUAUUGCGCUGAUUAAAGUGAAAAUACUCAACUCGAGAGAGUGAUCUUCGACUUUCAAAACUUACAUCAAUUCAAGGACUGAAUCUACAAAGCUGCAUAGAGUAAGAAGAUGUGCAUACAAUUCAUAUUACAUAAACCAUAUACUACUAAAUACUGUAUUCCUAAAUGCAAAGUUUCAACUACCGUACGUAAGAGCUAGGAUGAAAUUGAAUUAAAAUCGACUAUCCCGAUUAUCAGUUAAAUGAACACUUUCAUGCAUCUAUUAGACCGGAUAAUCGAUGCUUUACUGUUUAAGCAUAAACCAACUCAGAAACAUGCUUUUGCCUCUUUUGAAAUACGGUUUUUCGUAUUAUGAAUUAUGAAAUAAUAAAUAUGAUGAAUCUCACCUUUUCAUUAUAUCUACCUAUAAUGAACCUAUAAUUCAUUAUUUUUGAAAGAAUAAAGUUUUAACCUCUUCCACGUUUAUCAAUAAGAUGGGGGAGAGAUUUGGUUUCCAAGCAUUAUUCAAUUUAUUUGAGAUUUAAUAAGUAUUACCAUAGAGAAACAACAGCGUAAGUAGAUAUCCCAUGGUAUUGGGCGUUCAUGUCGCAACUUUUACUGUUAUCUGAAGCUGAUUAUUGUCGAUUACUGUGGAUUUUGAAUGUUUUGGCGGGGUGAGAGUGUAUGAACGGCACAAUAUGAGAGACUACCAGUGUCACACAGCAUCACGGGAAAGAAAUACGUGGACUAUGGGCAUGAGAUAACAGUAAAAAGUUGCGACAUAAACGCCCUAUACCAUGGGAUAUCUACUUACGCUAUUGUUUCUCUAUGGUACUAUUACUACUACUACUACUCAUUGGCUCUACGGCCCUUGAAGAGCCUCCUCCACAAGCCUUUUCCAUGCAUCUCUGUCCUGUGCUCGCUGUCUCUACUUUCUCACGCCCAAGGAUUGAAGGCCUCCACGUCGUCCAACCAUCUCUUGCGUGGUCGGCCUCGCUUUCUCUGUCCCCCUGGUUGCUGAUACAGAGUCAUACGUGCUGUACGGGUUUCCGGCAUACGUUCCACAUGGCCCAACCAACGAACUCUUGCUCUUCUAAUUUCAGUAACAAUGCUCGGUUGCCCAUACAGAGCUCAUCAUUUUUUUCUGAGUCGCCACCUAUCAGCCUCUAGCACUGGCCCAUAAAUUCUUCUUAGGAUUUUCCUCUUCCUAGGAUUUAAUAAGUAAAUUGCACUAUAUAGUCAAGUUUUAAAAAUAAAUACCGAUAAAUGUAAUAAUAAUCUUCAUAUUGCAUUAAUUCAUGUAAUAAUUUAAUCUACAAAAUUUGUAUUGUUUGUAUUGUCUACAUACAAUAAAAAAGCAGUUGGUUUAUGUUCUUGAAGGCA